AUGUCGCUCCAGGCCGGUGGCGUGGUGAAUGGCGUAAUACCCGGUGUAGUUCCCCCGCACGAUCGUACGCAAGAGGUAUGCAAGUACUUCGUGAAUGGCGGGUGUCUGCGUGGGACAAACUGCCCCUACCUUCACGAGCUGCCGGAUGAACGCCACCUUGACGUCAACGGGCUUGGCUUCAUUCUCAACCCAAACGUUCAUAAUGCGCAGAAGACGGUGGCAUCUCCGCAGACGCAGGUGGCGGCAAGCACGCCUAGCCAACCACUGAAGGCCACCGGGCCCUCUCUCACCAUGAUGCUCAACAAUCAGAACGCCAGCCAGAGUAGAGUGUUCAGCCCGACCAAGGCCGCAAAGCACCAGCCGCCCUCCAUGAGUGGUUCUAGCUCAGCAUCACCGCAGACGAUGCCGAUAGGAAAGCUGCCAGCCCCUCCCAAGUAUAAUCCACCGGAGCCGUACUUAGAGCUAAACCUGCCUCCGGCGCUAGCAUUCCCGCUGAAGGUUUCGGCGAAAGACACCACUGCGACCCUCGCCCAUUUGAUGCUACAAAACUGA